AUGUGUCUCGUGUUCAUCGUGGCUGCCACCGUGCUAUAUCCAGAAAAGGUGUUCUUCAUCUCCGGAAAUCACGAGACACCCAUGGGCUAUGGGUCCCUUCUUGAAGAUGACGUGCUCAACAAGUUCGACCGUCCAGCGUGGGAGGCAAUCGAGUCAUUCCUCACCUUUCUCCCGUUCGUCGGCACGAUCGACAAGCGGAUCCUAAUCAUGCACGGCGGGCUUAGCCCCUUGCUCACCAAAAAACACCUCGAGAACGGCGUGGACAUGACCGACGGAUCGGAGGAGAUUCAACGGCUGCGCACGGGGGUACUCUGGAGCGAUCCGAAGUAUACCGACCAGGAUGACCCGACCUACAAGUUUAAUGACGUGCGCGAAAUUGGACAUUUCUACAACGAGAAGGCGGUCCGGGAAAAGCGCCAAGAGCUCGGCAUCGACUACAUCAUUCGGGGACACCAGGAGAUCGAAACUGGCGUCGCUUUCUUUGGCGAAUGGUUGAUCUCGCUGUUCACGACACAAACCACAUGCUUAGACCCACAUACGCAGCCAAACACGCAGUUUCCGGCAAAGGUGGCCCACUUCGACCAGUACUUCGCUCGCGUUGACGCGCACGAAGCAUUUGGAAAGCGCCGCCGCAACGGGUCCAAGCGCAAUAAGCCCGACGAGCAGCCGAAGGAGAAGCCGACCGAAGCGAAACCGGCGGAUCCGGCGCCUCCGUUGGAUGAUCGUACCCUCAAAGCCUCUCGCAAA